UGCAUCGGCAUCGGCGACAUCAAAAAAUAAUAAAAAUCAUCCAGCACCGUCAGCGGCGGAAGAGUCAUUCAAGUUUGCUUAAAUUUUGUUGAUUGUAGUUGCACUUUAUUAGUGAAAAUCAUGUCUGCCAGAUACGAUCGGGCUGUAACUGUUUUUUCGCCGGAUGGUCACUUGCUACAAGUGGAAUACGCCCAGGAAGCUGUUCGAAAGGGAUCUACUGCCGUCGGUGUCCGAGGAAAGGAUGUAGUCGUUCUGGGAGUUGAAAAAAAGUCUGUUGCAAAGUUACAAGAGGAACGAACAGUUCGGAAAAUUUGUCUAUUAGACCAUCAUGUAGUGAUGGCAUUUGCGGGGCUCACAGCCGAUGCUCGUAUUUUGAUUAAUCGAGCCCAAGUGGAAUGCCAGAGUCACAAACUGAAUGUCGAAGAUCCGGUUACCUUGGAAUAUAUUACCCGAUUCAUUGCCGGGCUGAAACAAAAGUAUACCCAGAGCAACGGAAGAAGACCAUUCGGAAUUUCUUGCCUCAUUGGCGGAUUCGAUUACGAUGGGCAGCCUCACUUGUAUCAGACGGAACCGUCCGGAAUUUAUUACGAAUGGAAGGCAAAUGCUACGGGUCGAUCGGCUAAAACUGUGCGGGAGUUUUUGGAGAAGUACUACAGUCCGGAGCAGGUGGAUACUGAAGAUGGAGCAAUUAAGCUGGCCAUCAAAGCUCUGCUGGAAGUGGUCCAAUCCGGGCAGAAAAAUCUGGAAGUUGCAGUUAUGAAGCGGAAUCAGCCAAUGCAGAUGCUGGAUGCGGAAACCAUCGAGAAGUAUGUUGCUAUCAUUGAGAAGGAGAAGGAGGAGGAAGCGGAAAAGAAGAAGCAGAAGAAGUAAGCGCUUGGUGUAGGUAAGAAUCGGUACUUUACUUUCAUAUUCGUAACGAAUAAUGUCGGAAUAAAUUUACAUCUGUUUCAAAUACAAAACUUAUAGGAACAAAAGGAA